UAUAUCCGCAGUGCUGCCCCUUUAUCGACGCGCUCAAAACGGCGAGACGGGUUUCACUCUCCUUCACCUACUCUGUCUCUCACACCCCCAUCACACGUUCUAUUAUCCAUGACUUCUACUGUCGGAAUCCUCCCGGAUCUGGUCGGUCAGACAAUCAAUGACGGGUUCAUUGAUCUACACCUCUCUCGCGAACUCGGGACUGGAACAUACGGUGCGGUGUACCACGCUACAGACACUGACUCAGGGGCUAGUUAUGCGGUCAAGUGCUUGGGUCCCCUUGUUGAAGGCACAGAGCAUGGCCUCCCCGUCGACGAAGCCGAGCUGGCUUUUCACGCACGGUGCUCUGCACAUUCGAACGUCACGACGCUUCACCGACGGUUCACUCACUCUGGCUUUCUUUUCGCGCUCCUUGAGCUUUCCGCGGGCGGGACGCUCUACGAUGCUAUGCAAGCCGGGGUGUUUUCGGGUGCCGACAAGGAGGCCAAAGUGCGGGCCCUCAUGCUUGAUCUGAUUGACGCUGUUCGUUGGUGCCAUGAGAGAGGAGUGGUCCAUCGAGAUCUCAAACCCACAAACAUUCUGUGUGAUGCAGCUGGUUCGAACGUGCGCAUCGCCGAUUUCGGUGUUGCCGUAGAUGCGACUGGUCUGGUGCAAUCCACGGGUGGGACUGUGGCCUACAUGACUCCUGAGUCACUACUCUCCCAACCUCACGAUGCCAGCAUGUCCGACCUGUGGGCCCUCUCACUUGUUUUUCUGUUCGUCAUAGGCAAUGGCCUCAGCCCUUGGAGUCGCGCCCAUCAAUCGGACAAGGGAUUCCACAUGUUCCUCAACAACGGAAUGUAUCUCCGCUCGCUGUUCCCCAUCUCUGAUUCGCUCAACAACCUGCUCGAGAGAUGCUUCCAACCCUCACUGCCGAUGAUCCGCCCCACUUUGCUCCAGAUGCGGACGGAAGUUGCUGGCAUGAAGCGCUUAUUCAGGAACGACGAUGGCGAUGACGAAGACGACGGGUUCAUUGUAGUAGCUAGGCCCCGCCAGAGGGUCUUCAGCACACCGCUGCACUCGUUACUGCAUGCUCCGUCCCAGCACUCCGCCGCACUCUCUGCUACGUUCGAUUCAAGCAGCUUCCGAGUAUCCCAUCAACGAACUCUCGACGUGCUCGCCACGCUCAACGCCUUGAUGCCACAAGUUCGAGCGCUGAGUGUCGAUCCCGCUCCGUCCUCAUCCGCGUCCGGCUCAUCGACCGCGACUGCAUAUCUCUCCGCGCACUCAUCGUCCUCUGCGACCGGAUCAGCUUCGACGUCGGCUUCAUCUGCGAUGUUCAACCCCAAGUGGCACUCGGCCUUCAAGCUGAGCUUCAAGGGCGCUCGGCCCAGUGACUUAGGACGCGGUCAAACAACGGUCAAAGUGACCAUCGAAACGAACGUUCCUCAGCCGGAUCGACUGCGUGAUCGGAUGAAACGCGCGCUGCGAAAACUGAUUCCUCGAUCAACAGCAUCCGUCCGUUUCCUCGUCAGCGAGUUUGAUUGGUGGUUUGCGUCCUGAAAAAUACAAACAGAAAGCUUUUCUUAUCCCUUUUCCCUUGUCUCGUUCUGUCUAUUCCUUCGUCAAGCUGACUUUUGUCUAGGACGUCGUUGCUCGCCUUCUUCGCUUCAACUGAAGGAUUGUGCUUUGCCUGGAUUCAUAACACUUCAGUUAAGUCUUCGCUCUGUCCCUCACCUCCCGCUCGAAGAGUUUCUUGGGCCCGGCCAGCUCGAUGAUAAACUCGAUAACGAGCGCUCCUUUGAUGCUUCUUUGUAUUCCGAGGAGACCGUUUGCUGAUUAUCCCAGCAGAAGAUACCAAAUCCAACGUCUAACGUGGUUGCCGACAAAGAUGAGUCACAAAUAUCUCUGUUCCUCGGCCUCGAACCUCUGAGAGUCUGGCCCACUCAAUGAGCGAACGGGUCGAAACGGACUAUGCCUCGAAUUUCCCUGGCCUAUUGCUAACAGCUGCAUAGAUAUAUCCUUUCCCCCUCGACCUUGGCCGAACUCUUCUCGAAGCUCUCAUUUCGACCCCACGAUCGUCAAUCCAACUUCAGCAAGCGGGGACGUGGGUGUGUCGAACAUAUUGGAUUCAACUAUUUCGUUGUAGCUCGGGGUCGCGAGAAAUGAGGACAAUCAAUAUACAAUAACAUGUACACUUGGAAGUUGUCCGAUGCAGUUAUUGUGAUUGUGGCCAUCUAAACGCGAUCACGUGUCAGUUCGAUUCGACCGAAACGCGAGCCAACCUAGCUAUCCAUGAUUGAAAUUGGAUCAUUAUUCUCGUCCUCGGAAGGGGUUUCAAUUUGCUUAACAAUCAAUGUCGCUUGUGUAUA